GAGAAUGGUUAAAUAUUUUAUCCGCUUAUAUCCCAAAGGAAGGGUUUUUUCACAUGCUCUUCACUUUUACAUAUAAAAAUGCAUUUGGUUCUCAGGACUUUCUUUCUUUUAUACGUAAGCCAUGAUACCAAAGCUUGCAAGUGCUGACUCUGGAUUUAUCCAAGAACCACCUGUUUUGAAAAACCAAUAUGAAGAUGAUAUCGUAUUAAAAAACAUUUUGAAAAGAAUUAUUCCCAAGUCUGUAUUAGAUGACAUUGAACCUGACUUGAAUAGAUUUGGUGAAAGAGUGAUUCACGACGUGUUGGCGAUGGGCAAUGAUGUAGAAGAUCCCAGUAAUUAUCCUCGAUUAAAGCAGUAUGAUGCAUGGUGCAAAAGAGUAGAUGAAAUAACCACAGCAAAAGGAUGGAAGGAAUUGAACGAUGUAGCUGCAGAGGAAGGUCUUAUUGCCAUUGGUUAUGAACGCAAGUAUAACGAAUACUCACGUAUUUAUCAAUUUGCAAAACAAUACCUCUAUGCUCCUUCCUCUGCCAUGUAUUCAUGUCCUUUGGCAAUGACUGACGGCGCUGCUCGUGUCAUUGAAUUACUUGGCACAAAAGAAAUGAAAGAGGACAUCUACACUCGAUUGAUCAGUCGUGAUCCUAAAGUAUUUUGGACAAGCGGUCAGUGGAUGACUGAACGCCCAGGUGGCAGUGAUGUCGGAAGAACAGAAACAAUCGCCGAACUUCAGGAUCCAUCCACCAACACUUGGUCAAUUUCUGGAUUCAAAUGGUUCUCCAGUGCUACUACAGCAGAUAUGACCGUUCUCUUAGCUCGUGAUGUGAAUCCUAAAGAUGGCACUGCUCGUCCAGGAAGCAAAGGUUUAUCUCUCUUUGUCGCUAGAAUGAGAAAUCCUGAUGGCACAUUGAACGGUGUUCGUGUGCAUAGAUUAAAAAACAAGUAUGGUACAAAGGGACUUCCCACUGCAGAACUUGAAUUAUCCGGUAUGAAUGCAGUCAUGCUUGGAAAUCCCGGCCGUGGUGUUCCUGGUAUUGCAUCCAUAUUAAAUAUUACCCGUAUUUAUGCCUGUAUCGGCGUUGUCUGUAACCUUCGCAGAAGUUUAGCCAUCGCCAAAGAUUUCGCCAGUAAGCGCGAAGCAUUCGGUCGUACGCUUGACAAGACACCACUUCAUAUCACUACCCUUGCUCAGCUCGAACUUGUUUUCCGUGCCGGUUUACAGAUUGCAUUUUACUGCACUGAGCUUUUAGGCCGCGUUGAAUGUCAAAAGGCUACAAAGGAAGAUACUCAAAUGCUACGCUUCCUUACACCCAUCGCAAAGGGGUAUGUAUGCAAAGUAGGUGUACAGGCGAUCAGUGAAGCUAUGGAAGCUCUCGGUGGUCAAGGAUACAUGGAAGAUACCGGUAUGGGUCGUCUUUUACGUGAUGCACAAGUCAACACGAUUUGGGAAGGCACGACGAAUGUGAUGGCCAUGGAUGUUUUAAGAGUCAUGCAGGAAACAAAGUUUGCUUGCUUGAAUGUAUUCAAGAAGACUAUGGAUGAUAAAUUAGACAAGGCUGUCCAAGCGUCUGAACGUCUAAGACAACCUGCUCAAACGGUCCGCACAGCUCUCAGAAAUAUUCAAGACUUUGUUCAAAAGGAUCAGUCACGCUCCUAUUUAGAAAUAAACUCACGUCAGCUCAUGUUUGCUCUCGGAAGAGUACUUGCUGGAUCUUUACUUUUAGAACAAGCUGCCUUUGGUUUAUCUAAUCAACUUCAAGGUGCAGAAGAGGACGUCUUGGCUGCUCAGCAUUGGUGUUCUCCGCAUGAGUUAGUGCAGGACAUUGCUUCAAAGUCAGCACAGUGGGUAAGCGAGGAAGCAAAGAUUGUAUUUGGUAAACAAGCCAAAAUAUAAAUUAAUAAACUCCCUCCCCCCCCC